CUCUCUCUCUCUCUCUCAUCUCUCUCUUUUUUUUAUUUCGAUUUUCUCUCUCUACUCUCUCUCUCCAGAUCGAUACCGCGGCUCGGGAAUUGGACGUGGCUGUUGGAUCUGAGGUCCAAUUCGAUCGGCGCAAGGAAGACCCAGCCCCUAUCGUGGAAUUAGGGUUUCGGCGAACAAAUUGAGAGGCGGAGAUGUGCGAUCUAGGGUUUCGCGAUUGGUAAAAGGAGGAGGUGGAUUUGGUGGUGAUGGUCGGAAUUGAAGGCGCGAUCGAAAAUGCAAGGCUAUGCAUGGGAGGAGGGGAGGUAAGGAGAGGCAACGGAGUCGGCACAUGUUGACAGCCGACGGUUCUUCUUCUUCAUCUUCGAAUUCCGCUAAUUCGUUUUUCAAGGACGGACGCAAGAUCAGUGUUGGCGAUUGUGCUCUUUUUAAACCUCCCCAGGAUUCCCCACCUUUUAUUGGAAUUAUUCGUUGGUUAAUUACAGGCAAGGAGAAUAAGUUAAGAGUAGGAGUGAAUUGGCUUUAUCGGCCUUCUGAAGUAAAGCUUGGCAAAGGCAUCCUAUUGGAUGCUGAGCUAAACGAAAUAUUCUAUUCGUUCCAUAAGGAUGAGAUUCCGGCUGCAUCGUUACUUCAUCCGUGUAAAGUCACGUUCCUUCCUAAAGGUGUUAAACUUCCAUCAGGGAUUUCAUCUUUUGUAUGCCGGCGUGUUUAUGACAUUACAAACAAGUGUUUAUGGUGGCUAACUGAUCAAAACUAUAUUAAUGAGCGACAAGAGGAAGUAGAUAAAUUGUUAUAUAAAACUCGAGUAGAAAUGCAUGCUACAGUGCAGUCGGGCGGUCGAUCUCCAAAACCAAUGAACGGUCCAUCUUCAGCAUCACAGUUAAAAGCCGGAUCAGAUGGUGUCCAGAAUAGUGCCUCAUCCUUUUCAUCUCAAGUUAAGGGGAAAAAAAGGGAGCGGGGAGACCAGGGGUCUGAGCCUGUCAAACGGGAACGUUUUACAAAAAUAGAUGAUGGGGAUUCUGGCCACUGUAAACAGGAAAGCACUUUAAAGUCAGAAGUUGCAAAAAUAACCGAACGAGGAGGGCUUGUAGACUCUGAAGGGGUUGAAAAAUUGGUUCAGCUCAUGGUGCCAGAGAGGAAUGAGAAAAAAAUAGAUGUGGCUGGCCGGUCUAUGCUUGUUAGUGUUUUAGCAGCCACAGAUAAAUUUGAUUGCCUUAGUAGAUUUGUGCAGCUCAAGGGUUUGCCUGUAUUAGAUGAGUGGCUCCAAGAGGUCCACAAAGGGAAGGUUGGUGAUGGCAGUAUAUCCAAAGAUAGUGACAAAGGUGUUGAGGAGUUUCUCUUGGUAUUACUUCGUGCCCUGGAUAAGCUGCCAGUAAAUCUCAAUGCUCUACAAAUGUGUAACAUUGGGAAGUCUGUUAAUCACUUGCGGACACAUAAGAACUUGGAAAUCCAAAAGAAAGCAAGAACUUUAGUUGAUACAUGGAAGAGACGUGUUGAAGCUGAAAUGAAGAUCAAUGAGGCGAAGUCUGGUGUAAAUCAGGCUGGCCCCUGGUCUGCUAGACCAAGGUUACCUGAUGUUUCUCAUGGUGGAAACAGGCACGCAGGUGCAUCCGCUGAUGUUGCUGUGAGGAGCUCAGUUACUCAGCUUUCUGUAUCAAACAAAUCUUCAGUUAAGCUUGUCCAAGGAGAUAACAUUACCAAAUCUGCUUCUGCCUCACCAGUCUCUUUGAAAUCGGUGCCGUCACUUGUUUCAGCAGGUUCUAACUUAAAAGAUGGACAAUCCCGGAACGUUCCUGUUGGUGUCACAGUUGAUCCUCCUACUACAGCCACAAGGGAUGAGAAAAGCAGCAGUUCUAGUCAGUCUCACAACAAUAGCCAGUCAUGUUCGAAUGAUCAUGCUAGAAAUGGAGGUGUGUCUGGUAAAGAAGACGCUAGGAGCUCUACUGCUGGUUCAAUGAAUAAGACAUCAGGUGGUUCUUCACGGCCUAGAAAAUCAGUAAAUGGCUUCCCAGGUUCUACUCCAUCAGGAGUUCAAAGAGAAACUGUGUCGAGCAGAAGUUCAUCGUUGCACAAGAAUUUAGCUUCUGAAAAAUCAUUACUGCCUGGAAUGGCAAGUGAAAAGGUAGCAUGUUUACCUGCUGUUGAGGGGAACAAAUUGAUUGUGAAAAUUCCAAAUCGAGGUCGCAGUCCAGCACAAAGUGGAAGUGGAGGUUCUUUUGACGAUCUUUCAAAUAUGAACAGCAGAGCUUCUUCUCCCAUGCAUUCUGAGAAGCAUGAUGAACUUGAUUGUACCUUAAAGGAAAAGGUUGAUGUAUAUCGAGCCACUGGUAUCUCAGAUGUUAAUACUGAGUCCUGGCAAAGCAAUGAUUUUAAAGACAUAUUGACUGGAUCCGAUGAGGGGGAUGGGUCACCUGCUGAUGUUACUAAUGAAGAGAGCGACCCUAAGAAGACUGCAGAAGUCCGAAAAGCUGCUUCCUCAUCAUCAGGGAAUGAACAGAAACCAGGGAAUGCUCAGGAGGCUUCUUUCAGUUCUAUGCAUGCCUUAGUUGAAAGCUGUGUGAAGUAUUCUGAAGGCAACGCUUCUGUUGGAGAUGAUGGUAUGAAUCUGCUUGCUAGUGUGGCGGCUGAUGAGAUGUCUAAAUCUGAAUCUCCUACUGAUUCUCCACAGAGGACCACCCCAGUAUCUGAGCAUCUUCGCAAAGGCAAUGAUUCCAGAGUCAAAUCACCUCUUCCUGAGGACCUUGCUCGAGAUGAAAGCCAGUCUAAAGCUGGUGCCAUCGAUAUAUGUCGGAAGAAUGUUGUUGUCUCUGCUAUUUUAGGGACUAAGGAUGGGGGUGGUAAGGGCCCCUUCCCACAAAACGAAGAAAAACCAGUUGAAGUUACUUUAGCUCCUUCUGUGACUCCCUGCCCUGCUACGGCAGUUGAGGAAACUAUGGAUACUGAAGGAACCAAACCACCUGAAGAAAAAGAGGUGGUGGGUGGAGUUGAUGGAAUUAUAGAUAAUAAACCAGACCUGACUGGUCAUUUGUCAAAUGAAACUAAGGCUAAUGAUGCGAGUUCAAAGGCUAUAAAGGGGAAAGAAGCUUCGGAAGAAUCAUCGUUGCAUCCAGCGUUGGAAGCCAAUGAUAAACUGUCUACAUUACAGAUGUGUUCUGAAUCGGUGAAAGGAACAAGUGAAGAUGUGAUCCUUAGUUCAGAAAAAGUCAGUGCACCAAAGGCUGACAAUACAGAUGAAACAGUGGAUAUGAGUUACUGUAAUCAGACGGAAAGACAAAGACCAGAAAGUAAUGAUCCUAUCUUAUCCCAAAAAGAAAGUGAUAACCCUUUAAUUUCUAAGAUUCAAGCUGUUGGUGGCUCUAGUUCUGCUGUUACUGACCACAACAAUGAGCGCGUGAAGGAAAUUUUGGAGAGUAAAAUGGCUAAUGAUCAACAUAGUGCACCAGCUGUUUUGAAGGUGAAGCCUGAUCUUCCAAUGCAAGUAGUAGAACAUGUGAGGUCCAAGAGGUCUAAAGUUACUGGCAUGGAAGCUGAAGGAGCUGAGGAAUGCAAAUCUGCAACUGCAGAUACUCGUACUUCCACUGUGGAAGUUUCAGACAUGGAUGCAAAAGUUAAGUUUGAUUUGAAUGAAGGCUUUAAUGCAGAUGAUGGGAAAUUUGGGGAGCCAAAUAAUUUGACAGCACCUGGAUGUUCGAGUGCUCUUCGGUUGAUUACCCCUUUACCAUUUUCUGUUUCUUCUUUGUCGAGUGGCCUUCCUGCUUCAGUUACAGUCCCUUCUGCAGCAAAAGGGCCCUGUGUUCCACCAGAUGACUUGUUGAAGGGUAAACAGGAGGACGGCUGGAAAGGAACAGCAGCGACAAGUGCCUUUCGGCCAGCAGAGCCUAGAAAAGUAUCAGAGUUGCCACCGGCUGCAACAAAUAUUGCAGUUCCUGACCCUACAGCUAGUAAGCAAGGACGCCCUGCUUUGGACAUUGACUUGAAUGUACCUGAUGAAAGAGCUCUCGAAGAUAUGGCUUCUCAAGAGAUAUUCUCUCAUUCUAUCCCCACUAGCAACGAUGGUUCUGUGCAUGAUCAAUCAAUAACUAUGGCACCUGUUCGCAGCUCAGGAGGUCUGGAUCUCGAUUUGAACCAAGUUGAUGAGGAUUCUGAAAUUGGUAGUUACUCAUUGAGCAAUAUUCGCCGAAUGAAUAACCCAAUUUUGUCAACAAAGUCACUGGGUGGACCUCUCAAUGGAGAAGUCAGCCUUUGUAGGGAUUUUGAUUUGAAUAAUGGACCAGCUUUUGAUGAUGUGACUGCUGAACCAGCGGUAAUCAAUCAGCAUACCAGGAACAGUGUGCCAUCUCAACCACCUAUUUCAGGUUUUAGGAUGAGCAAUACAGAAAUUGGGAACUUCUCAUCUUGGAUUUCUCCAGCCAAUACCUACUCUGCUGUCACAAUUCCAUCAAUUAUGCCAGAUCGUGGAGAGCAGCUAUUCCCAAUUGUUGCAACUGGUGGACCACAAAGGACGGUUCCUCCUACUGGUAGCAACCCCUUUACUCCUGAUGUCUACAGGGGUUCAGUGGUGUCAUCUUCUCCAGCAGUGCCUUACCCUUCUACUUCAUUUCCAUAUCCAGUGUUUCCUUUUGGAAACAGUUUUCCUCUGCCUUCAUCCACGUUUCCAGGUGGUUCAACAACAUAUCUGGAUUCUUCUGCUGGAAGGAUUUGCAUACCUACUGUCCGCUCCCAGUUGUUAGGACCUGGUAAUAUGAUUCCUUCCAACUACCCAAGGCCAUUUGUAGUUAAUGUUCCAGACGGGAACAGUAACAGUAGUGCUGAGAACAGUAGGAAGUGGGGAAGGCAGGGGCUAGACCUCAAUGCAGGGCCUGGUGGCCCAGACUUAGAGGGGAGAGACAUGACUUCGCCUCUUGCACCAUGGCAAUUCUCUGUUGCCAGUUCACAGACUCUAGCUGAGGAGCAAGCAAGGAUGUUCCAGAUGCCAGGGGGCACCUUUAAGAGGAAGGAACCAGAGGGAGGAUGGGAUGGCUACAAACAACCCUCAUGGAAAGGCAUGUGAAAUGGCGAAAUCUGGUGACUCAUAUCCUUUGCUUUGGGGAUGCCAUAUGCCAAGACACCAGGUCAUUAUCCAAGCUUGUGUGCUGCUGGAGGCUGGGUGGUAAGUGAGUUAUUUGAUGUUGUUCAUACUUCAUAGUCUCCGACCCCCUCCUCGUUGUAUUAUUUGUAUCUUAAAAGAAAGAAACAAGCUCUACAAGCUGUUUCCUUUUGUCUGCCCUGGGGGCUGCAGGUUUCCCUUGUAGAUAUACUUAGUUCUAACAGUUGAAAUCAUACUGUUUUUCUCCAUACACAAUCUUUGGCGUCCUUACUGGAAUCAUGUGCAUUAGAAAUUCAUUAUUAACGUUGGACCGAUAAUCCAUCAACAUUUCCAACCUUUCUUGUUGUGGAUGAGCAUAAAAGGAAGCUUAAUUA